AUGGCUUCUUCUUCUCCAUCUCUCCUUCUACCACUCGGUUCAGCAUCUAGAAAUGUUCAAACUUUCAAGUAUCCAAAUACAUCAAGAUGUAUAGCUACAAGAGUCAUAGCUUCAGAAACAAGAAACAAAAGUAAUCUUUCUAGCCGUAGAGACGCAAUGCUGGUGCUACUCGGCGUGUCAUCAGGAUUGUCAAUGAACUCGCUUGCGGCUUAUGCAGCCGGUUUGCCUCCAGAAGAUAAACCGAGAAUUUGCGAAGCAGAAUGCGAGAAAGAGCUUGAAAAUGUUCCAAUGGUAACUACAGAAUCAGGACUUCAGUAUAAGGAUAUCAAAGUCGGUACAGGCCCGAGUCCACCGGUUGGUUAUCAGGUUGCUGCUAAUUAUGUGGCUAUGGUUCCAUCAGGGCAAAUUUUCGACAGUUCUCUGGAUAAAGGUCUACCGUAUCUGUUUCGCGUUGGGUCUGGUCAGGUGAUCAAGGGACUUGAUGAAGGAAUCUUGAGCAUGAAAGCUGGUGGAAAACGCAGACUCUACAUUCCAGGGCCUUUGGCGUUUCCAAAGGGUCUAACCUCAGCUCCAGGGAGGCCGAGAGUUGCACCGAACAGUCCAGUGGUAUUUGACGUGAGCUUAGAGUACAUACCAGGGCUCGAUUCAGACGAAGAGUGA